AUUGAAAUUUUUUUCUCUUUUGGAUUCGGAAAUUGAAUUAAUUGAAUCGAUUGAAAAAUGUUAUUCUAAAAUUAUCGAUUUCAAUUUUUUUUCUUCAUUUGAUUCCGGUCCAAUGAAUCAUGGACAUUGACCAUCAACAACAUUUAAAUAGUAAUCAUUUUCCUAAUCAAUUAAAUUCAUCAUCAUCAUCAUCAUCAUCUUCAUUAUCAUCUGGAAGUGCCGUACAACAAAACAUAACAAAUCAUAAUCAAAUUAAUGAUAAUAAUAGUAACAAAAAAGACGAACAAUCAUUAACAACAACAAAACAACAUCAACAAUCAUCAUCAUCAAAUCAACGGAAUUCAAAACAAUCAUCGACAGCAACGGAAAAAGAAAUGGUUGGCGGUUGUGUUGUUUGUGGCCAAGAUGAAGGAUAUUUAGAUAAUGUAAUUAUCUAUUGUGAUGGUGAUGGCUGUGAAAUUGGUGUACAUGAAGCAUGUUAUGGUAUAACAACAAUACCAAAAGGUGAAUGGUAUUGUACACCAUGUUCAGUAAAUAAACGACCGGAAAAAUGUGAAUUAUGUCCAGCCAAAUAUGGUGCAUUUAAACCAACUGCAAAUGGACGUUGGUGUCAUGUUGUUUGUGCAUUAUAUAUACCGGAAGUUGAAUUUGAAAAUAUUAAUACAAUGGAACCGAUUGUUUUGGAUCGUAUUGAUCCACGUCGUGUUGGUUGUGUUUGUAUUCUAUGUGAAAUGAGCGGUAAAGAUAAGGAUACAUCACGUAGUGGUUGUUGUAUGUCAUGUCAUUAUCCAAAUUGUCCGAAUAAAUUUCAUGUUACCUGUGCUCAAUAUCAAGGAUAUUUAUGUGAAGAAGCAUCAGCAACAAGAUUAAAAUAUAAAGCCUAUUGUCCACAACAUAUUGAAAAGUUACGAAAUCCACGACGUACAAAAAUCAAAAUCUUACCGGCAUAUCGUCCGGAAGAUCCAAAUCGUAAACAAUCAAAUUGUUUUCUUUUACUUAAUGAUGAUAAUGAUGAUGGUCUAAUAUCAUCGAAUAGACCGACAUUAAAUUUACCAUCACCAACACCAAUAUCAUCACCAUCAGUGAUAUCAACACAGCAACAACGAACUAGCCUAAAUUCAUCAUCCGGUUCAUCGGAUGGAAAAAAUUCUUUGAAAAUUUCGAAAGAAAUAGCCAAUAAUAAUCGAUCGCAACAACAAAGAAAAAAUUCUGCCUGUUCAUCCAAUAAUAAUAAUAAUAAUAAGCCAUCAUCAAAAACAUCGACAAUGAUCUCAUCGACAAGCCAAUCAAUGAAAAAACCUUCAUUCAAUUCCACUUAUUCAACGACCAAUGUAAAUUUUACUAAUAAUACUUCCGAUUUAUCGAAACAAUCAUCAUCGUUUACAAAAUCAAUAUUAACAUCACCUGUAUGUCCAAAUGAAUCAUUACAAAUACCAAGAAAACGUACAUUAUCAGCAUCAUCAUCAUCGUCAUCUGCUUCAUCUUCUUCAUCUGGAUCAUCAUCUAGUGGUUCUUCAAGUUCCGGUUCAUCAAAUGAUUCAUCCGAUGAUGAUGAUAAUGAAUCAUCACCAGUAGUAAAUGCUGUAAACAUUUCGAAUAAAAAACGAUCAACAUCAUCAUCAGGAGCAACGAACAUACCUGACCGUUCGGCGACGAUCGCAUUGCAAUCAACAUCAGCUAUUAUCCCAACUAGUGGAAAUAAACGUAAACAACCACAAUCAUCAUCUUCAUCGAAAAGACGAUCUCCAUUAUCAACGACAUCAGAAGAUGAUGAUAAUUCUGAUGGUACUGAUGAUAGUAGUUCUGAUGAUGGUGAUUCUGAUUCCGAUUCCGAUGAUUCAAGUAGUUCAUCUUCAUCGACUACAGCCACUAAUACACCACCAAAAAAACAGCCAAUAUCUAAUUCGACUAUUAUUCCAUCUUCAGCAGCUAACGGUAAUAUGACAACAUCGUUAUCAACUACGGCAAUUAUGCCAUCACAAUCAGCAGCCAAUAAUAUUGCUGCUGUUCCCCAAACUGUUUCGAUCAAUCGUCAUAAACCAAAUGCAUCAAUUUUACAAUCAUCAAAAUUAGUAUUAUCCGAUGAAGGAUCAUCAUCAUCAGCAUCCGGAUCAUCUUCAUCUGGUUCAUCAUCCGAUUCUGAUCGAUCACAUUCAUCAAGUGAAGAUAAUGAUAAUAAAUUAAUGAAACGAAAGAAAAAAUCAUCGAAAAAAAUUGUUAAAAAUUCUUCAAAAAUAGUGACAACAAAUAAAAAAAUGAAAGUAGAUUCAACCAAACAAUCUGCCAAUAAAUCAAAUACAGGAAAAAUUCGAAUCAAUAAUAAAUCCGAAUCAAAACAGCCAAUUAGCCAACAAUUACAGCCAUUAAAGAAUGAAUUAUCUACAACGACGACUUCAUCGACAAAUCGUACAAUAACAAAAGCACCUGGUGUUAUUAGUCAAACCAUUUCGAUUGUUGAAAAAAGUGGUUCGAUGAAUACGGCAACGACAAUUCCCAAUUCUACAGUUAAUUUGACAAAACGUUCACAAUCAUCUAAAUUAAUACUCAGCGAUACCGGUGAUAGCGAUGAUGAUAACCGUAUCAAUACCGAUGAUGAUCAUGAUGAAGAUUUUCGAGUUAGAAAAUCAAAAAAAUCUGGUCGUUCUAAUACAACAACAACAAGCAUGAAACGUCGUAAUAGUUCAAAUGUUAAUAAUUCCAAUUCAAACAUAACGCCAAUUUCAAAUAAUACUUCCGUUUUGACAAAUGUUGACAAAAUUUCACAAAAAUCAUCAUCAAUCACAUCGAAUCGUUCAUCGAAACAGAAAAACAAUAUCGAUACUGUUGUGAGUGUUAAAAAUUCCCAAACACGUAGCCAUAGCCAAAAAAGUAAGAUUAAUCAUCAUCCGUCAACAUUGACAAAACAACAAUCAGCCAAAUCGAAAUCAAAUGAAAAAUCGACAAUGUUAACCGCAAAUAGAAAAUCUGUCAGAUCUCAAUCACAAAACACUAAUCAAUCGAUUGUCAAAUUGAAAUCUCCUACUGCUACAAUAAAAUCACCAAUAUCUAAUCAUCAAAAGAAAACGUUAACGACUCCCACCAUGAUUGGUGAUGAUAUACAGGCUAAAAUUGUGGCCAAAACGAUGCAUAACAUAACAUCACCAUCAUCACAAGUGACCAUUCCAAUUGUUGAAUGUUGUCAUCAUCAACCGUUGCCAAAUGUUUGUAUACCUCAUCAUCCACUUCAUACACAAUUAACAUCACCAAAUCUUCAUGCAAAUAUUAAUGGCAGUAAUUAUUGUACGGCUUUAUCGAUAAAUACUGGAGUGGAUAGUAACGCAGUAGAUCAUUCAUUAGAUCUAGUCGCCAAUAAUAAAACAAUUUUACAUCAUUCCAAUGAUAAUAAAUUAUUAACAACAUGUACAUCAUCAUCUAUGGCUAAUCUACCAACACCAACUAUUCCUCAAUCAUCAAAAUCGAUAGCCAUUGCAAGAUCACAAAUUCCAUUUAGCCCCACUAUGAUUCCAUGUUAUGGACCAAAUAUUCAACCAACAGUUUUACAACAUUCACCAUCCAUUGAUUUACCACCAACACCGAAGACAUUGGAAGAAUUAUUAGAAUUUCAAUGGAUACAUUCAUCACAUUUUUUGAUGACACAAGAAGAAAAUAAAGAACCGUCCAUUAUGUUACAAAAACUUCAUGGUCUUAUGACCGAAAAGAAUAAAUUGCAAAAAGAAAUGAAAUCAUUACAACGUAAAGUAGAUUACUAUGAUUCAACAUUAAAAUUGGUUAAAGAUAUGGUACUAAUGUCAGCUCAAAAUAAUGAUGAUAAUAAAGAUGGUGGUGGUAGUAAUAAUGGUGAUGAUGAUGAUUCAAACCAAUUUGAUCCGGCUAUGAUGAUGAUGAUGAUGAGAUCAUUAAUGAUGUCUAAACGAUCAACAACAUCAUCAUCAACGGGAGCAGUUAAUGGUGGUGAAAAUACGGCUAUCGUUGAUAAUAACAAUAAUAGCAACAACAACAACAGUAAUGAUAAUUUAAUAAAAACAACCCCAACAUUAUCAUCUUCGCCACAGAUUAAUAACACUGCCAAUACAAUCAUAAAAUCUGGUUCAUCAACACCUGUAUCACAACAGAAUUGUUCGGUAUCAACUCCAACAGCAUCAACAAUUUCUACACCUACUAAUACAUCAUUGAAUAAUAUUUUGGCUGCUACAACAACAACUACCGGCUCAACUAGACAAUUGAGAACCAAUAAUAAUAACAACAACAAUAAUAUGGAAACUAAUUGUUUGGAUAAUAAUGUUCGUCAAACUAGACGAAGUUCAAACAAUUCUCUGCAACAACAACAACAACAGGCAAUGACAUUGGGUCCAUCAUCAAAUCCAACAACAAUGACCACGUUAUCUGAAUCACCAACAUCAGGAUCAAAGCAGCUAUUAAACAAUUCUUCAUUAACUAACUCGACAUCAUUAUUAACGAACACAAAUUCAUCAUCAUCAUCAACCAUUCCGGAUAGUUAUGCUCAUUAUCUAAGUAAACAUCUAAAUAAUCUAUCAUCAUCGAAUAUAACUCCUAAUAAUCUACCACCUACUACUGGUUUCUCAUCAUCAUCAUCAUCUUCGUCGUCUUCUUCGUCAUCAUCCGGAUAUUCAAGUUCAUUAUCGAAUAAUAAUGGAACGAUUGGCCCCUCUUCAUUGCCACCACCUCCUCUUCCUCCUCCACUACCAUCAUCACAAUUUCUUUCGGUCUCACAAUCGGCUAAUUUUGAUUCAAAACUUAUUGGUCAUCAUAAUAAUUUACAUGGUAAUUUAAUCGAUCCAAAAAAUCAUUCAUCACACCUUCAUCAACAACAACAACCAUUGUCACAUAAUCUUCAUCAUCAACAUCAUCAUCCGCAAACAACACCAUUCAUUAAUCAACAAUCAUUUUUGGCUACAGCAAAUGGUGUUCAAUCAUAUAAUACUAAUCAAUCAACAACGCCAUCAUCUACAAAUACAAAUAAUAAUAGUAGCAAUAAUAAUAAUAAUUAUCGAUCUUCAACACGACCAUUACGAUCAUCAUCAAAUAUUUCGGCCAUACAGAAUGGACAAAUGAAUGUACAUCAGCCAUACAAUAAUAAUAAUAAUAAUCAUUCACUUCAUCAUAAUCAUCAUUCAAUACAUCAUACCGCACAACAACAACAACAGCAAUUUCAUCAAUUUCAACAACAUUAUUAUAAUAAAAAUUAGGGUCAUAUGGUUCAAUUCUUCUUUAUAUGGUCAUUUCUUUUUUAUUUAUUUAUUCCGUUGAAUUCUUUUGUUUUUAUUAUUAUUUUUCAAAACUUCUUUUCCUUUUUUUCACUCAAUUUUGAUUUGAUCAUGAUUUUUAUCUAGCCUUAAUUCAUUUAUCGAUUAUAUGGGAUGUAUGAAUUCUGUAAUUAUAAUUUUUUUUCCACACAGACAAUAUUUAUAUUUACGACAUACAACAACCGACCAUG